AUGAAGAGGACAGAGAGGCACAUGGUCAGGGGGCCAAUGCAUAAGCACUUUGAUUUGGAGGGGAAGACCACCCAGCAGGUGGAAGCCAGGCUCAGCCAAUGUCUGCAGAGACUAGAGGGCAUCCACCUCUACCACAUGAAGCUACUGACCAGGGAGCAGAGACAGCUCCAAAAGGAGCUGCAGAGGUUGCAGCAAGCAUUGGCAACCAAUAUGCCCAAAGAAAUAUAUAAAACCAAGUCUCAGAGGGCUCUUCUCCAUCACAUUGGCCUCAAAGAUCCCAUGAGAAGGAAUAAGCAGUCACUAUCUCAACAUUACAGAUCUACUCACUUCACUGAGGAAAAGCCACAAGCCCAAGGCAAAGAUUCUAUAAACCUACCUAAGGGCAUAGACUCCAGCAAGCGCAUCUCCAUCCUAGGACAAGAUCAAGAAAUUUCCACCAUCACCCUAGACCAAUGGCCUGGCUCCAGCCUCGCUGAUGAAAUCAGAUCAACAGAUGCCAACCUACAGUCAGACCAGGACACUUGGAAAGACAUCCCCCCAAAUUCCAUGGAAUGUACCUCUACAGGAAAUAUGAAAGGGGAGGCCAUGAAGUCAACCUACUUAGAGUUGUUUGCAAAGGCCAGAAAGGCCCACUACCUCCGGCACAGGGUUCACCCUGAGUCUGAGAGGUUACUUAGCACUGGGGAGACAUUUGGGCAUGAGAAAUCCUUACUGUGCAAGGAAGAAAAGGUGUCAGAACAGGCUGACCACCUGUCACUUCCUCUCUAA